CACGUGACUAAUCACAUGACCGUGACGUCGCGGAAGGUCCUGUCGCCUUUUGCAGGUAGCAUGUUUGUGUGUCACAAGAUCUUGACAUCUCCCGGUGUAUCGCACGCUGUAAGGAGAGUGAGCCGCACAGCUGGCCGGGACAUCAUGGAUCUUCAGUCCAUGCGGAAGAAUUACAAAAGCGAUAAUGAGGCAUUUGAAGAAAGUCAUCUAGCUUCCCUUGAUCCCAUUGCUCAGUUCAAUGCAUGGUUCCAGGAAGUAUUACAGUGCCCUUCUAUUGCAGAGCCUAAUGCCAUGUGUCUGUCCACUGCCACCAGGGAUGGGAAACCCUCUGCACGUAUGGUUCUCCUGAAAGGGUUUGGUUCAGAUGGGUUCCGAUUCUAUACAAACCGGGAGAGCAGAAAAGGGAAAGAGCUGGAAACGAACCCAGUUGCUUCUCUGCUGUUUUUCUGGGAGCCCCUGUCUCGCCAGGUGCGGAUCGAGGGUUCCGUGGAAAGACUUUCAGCAAAAGAAUCUGACACUUAUUUCCACUCACGUCCAAAAAGCAGCCAGAUUGGGGCUGUGGUGAGCAAACAGAGCCAAGUUAUCCCAGACCGAGAGUAUUUACGGAAGAAGAACGCUGAGCUAGAAGAAGAAUACAAAGAUAAAGAGGUGCCCAGACCACCUGAAUGGUGGGGUUACAAUGUACGUCCUUCUGUGAUUGAGUUCUGGCAAGGACAGACAAACCGUCUACACGACCGCAUUGUUUUCCGUCGACCAAAGGAAGAAGAAGCCAGUCCAUACACCCGUGCCGGUGAGGGUGGGUGGGUGUAUGAGCGGCUUGCACCAUAACUUGCAAUGAUAUUAUGGUUCCCAGAUUUCAACGCACAAUCAUGUUCUAAGCACAAUCAAGAAGCUUCUUUCAGAUUCAAGUAUUUAAAGGGGUACUCCGCCCCUAGAGAUCUUAUCCCCUAUCCGAAGGAUAGAGUAUAAGAUGUCUGAUCGCAGGGGUCCCGCAGCUGGGACCCCCACGAUCUCUGUGCAGCCCCUGGCAUACGUUCAGAACGCAGGGGUCGUGACAUCACGGCCACGCCCCUUAUGAUGUCACACCAC